CAGUCCCACACUGGCGACGUCGCUGUGGCGGCAGCAGUGCGAAUGAGGACCCACAUACUUUGCAGGUCCUUUGUUACGGAAAUCGAAGAUGACUUAACCUCGACAGACUCUCAGCUGGCCAGAUAGUAAGGCAUCCAUCCCGGUAUCAUUUUUACUUAUGACAUUGGAUGGCUGAAGAGUGAGAGACGCUCCCCUACCACCCGAGGACACUCUGCCGAUGGAAGGUGGUCAUUUGCCCAUCCAACCUGCCCAAAAGACUGUCUCCCCUCCGCCCUCAACUAAGAUGGCUUUCCACGGCCUUCUCCUGCACUGGAAUGGACUGGAGCAGAGCUGCGCCGUACCAUGGUGAUCAUUUUCUCAAAAACACUGGAAAAGAAGAAGGGUGUCGAUGAUGUAAGGUCCAAAGACACUGAAUUGCUGCUGCGUAAGCGCGGCACCAUGAGCAGAGGGACUACCCUCUUCUCCUGUGGCACUGUGGAGGCAGACAGGUGGCUAGACCUGCGCAGAGGCUGUGCCAUCCAGCCAGGGACCCCCUGCCAGUCCGGCGCCAGUCUGGAGAGCCUGUGGGACGUUCUGCCCGAGGAGUGUCAGCAGAGUAGCCGGGUCUGGGGCCGUGAGGUGGGCACCGCCACCGCCAUCACCAGCCUCAUUCGAGACCUCAACCUGGGCGAUGCCAAGCUGGCAGCCACCCAGUCCCUGGCCCUCGCCACAUCCACCACGGCGCCCCCUAGCAAGCGCCAGUGCCGCUCACUCUCACUGUCCUUCUCCGAAGCGUUUGGGAGCUGCAGGUCGUCAUGGAGACCUCAGGGGUCGCGAGUGUGGACGGCGGUGGAGAAGAGGAGGUGCCACAGCGGGGGGAGUGUGCAGCGCUGCUCUGGAGGAAGUGGAAUAGGAGGUGGUGGAAGUUUUUCAGGGGUUAAUUUUCCUGCCAUGCAGCGGAGCUCCAGUUUCAGCCUGCCAUCCCGCUCCAACAACCCCACAGAAGGCACCCUGGAGCUUCCCUGCUUCAACCAGCACCUGCCCCUUCACCCCCUGUUCACUGCCUCCCCUACCUCCCCCUCCUACCACCACUCUCUCAGGCCCCUCUCCUUGUCCCAUGAGCAGAUCAGCCUGCCAGACCACCACAGAGAAGGGGCCAGCUCACCGGACUGCAACCCACAGCUGGGGAGACGUGCUGGGCAGACAGCAGGGGGGACUGGGGGGCUGUCGCGGAGCAAGUCCCAUCCCUGCGUCCUGAACGAUAAGAAGAUCGGUAUGAAGCGCAGGAGACCAGAGGAUGCUCAGGAACCACGGCCCUCCCUGGACCUGGCCAAGAUGACCCAGAAACUCCAGACUUUCUACAGCUUGAGCUGCCCUGGGUUCUCUGGUCCGGACAGCUGUCAAUCAAACAUGCCCCCACCCUCCUCCGGGAGCUUGAGCCAAUCGGAAUCUUACUUCACCUGUGCGCCUGACCUAGGUGCUGAGACUCAACAGGAAGUGGAUGAGGAGGAGGAUGACUCUUCCUAUGAGGAGCUGGACAGUGACUCUGCGUGUAGCCUGGACUCUAGGCCCUGGUCCCCAUGCGGGGGAGGGGGGGAGAGAAUGGGGGAGGGACACACCCUCUGGAAGGGUGAGUGUGGGACAGAGAAGGAUAUCUACCAGCUGGGGGGAGAGCUGGACAUCGACCAGAUCGAGAGGAACUGAACGGAACCUGAAGCCUUUGGAUAAAGGAUUGUCGUAACCUUUUGUGAAUUUUGCAGAAAGGCGUAGAAUUUAGAACUUCAUGACCACGCGAAGGAUGCCUUACGUAUGAUAGGGGGAUAUUGAGCGGAUUGAAACGACCUUAGAGAGAGGAACUUCGCGAGUUGUUUUUGGAACAUUACAAGGAAGUUUGCGAAUACUGUGGGAGGCAAGGGAUGUUGUACUGUAUGUGAUGUCAAUGAAGGACAAAGCACGUGGAACUGUUGAUAGAAAGUGUUGCAUGUUAAACUUUGAGGUCCUGCGGGACAAACAGUUGUUUUGAACUGUCUCGUUGUCUUUCUGAAUUUAAAGGCAGUUGCUUUCGCUUGGUGACGUGCAGCCUAACUCUGGAGUGGAGAUCGAGGGAUAGUCUUUAACACCUCCAAAAACUCCUCUCUCCUCUAAAAUGGAGUACCUCCUUAUACAACUGGACAGAACUAACGGUAAGGUUUUAGUACUGUAGCAUUUGCAGCAGGAGUAUGUUACAACUUCUGCUUUUCUCUACCAGACUAGGGGGACAUGAUGGCCUGAGAGAGAGGGAUGAAGUAGAGCAGGAGAGAAACAAUAUGUUAUUUUCAUAUAUACCUCCCCUUGACCCUUUUCUUCAACUAUUCUUACGGGAAGAAUAUCCCCUGCUGAAUUCCAAGUUAACCCCUAUACCACAGGUGUCAAACUCAUUCCACGGGGGGCCGAGUGUCUGCGGGUUUUCGCUCCUCCCUUGUACUUGAUUGAUGAAUUAACAUCACUAAUUAGUUAGGAACUCCCCACACCUGGUUGUCUAGGGCUUUAUUGAAAGGAAAAACCAAAAACCUGCAGACACUAGGCCCUCCGUGGAAUGAGUUUGACACCCCUGCCCUAUACCAUAGGCACUCCUGUAGAUCUGAAAGAAUGAAAGUACCAGUAUUACUUUCCUUCUGAUUGUCUGUGUGGAGUUUUCACUAUAUAUGCUUACAUCUAUCCAAGUGUUUCAGGUCUUCAGGAGUGCCUAGGGGAUAGGGGUCAAUUUGGAAUUCAUAAAGUAUUCACACAUCAUCGCUGAACGUAAAUAAGCUUUAAGGGGUUUGGAAAUACCUGCCGAUUUGUUCGGUCAGAUACAUGUCUUUUUCACCUCAGAAAUCCCUGCUCGAAACAAGCCUUUCUGACUUUUUAUAGAUUCUAAUAUGCAAAAUGUAUAUUUGAAAAAACACAGAAUUUUAAAUCUUCAGUUCUAAUAUCAAUGUAUAUUUUUCUAAAUGUAUGUUUUUAUGAUCUGUUUGUGAAGGAUCGGGAAUAAGAGACCUUACUUUAACAGGACAGACAUGAAAUAAAAACGCAAACUGCCGU